GUCGACUUCUGAGGCAGAGUAUCUUGCGAUGGGCGAUGGUGUGAAGGAGUCUCUGUUUGUGAACGGAAUGCUUCAGUUCUUGAGGCCUAGUGUAGAGCCUCGUAAGAUUGACGUCCUUGAGGACAACGAGGGAGCGAUUGCGCUCGCAGAGAAUCCGCUUAGCUCGUGCAGGAGUAAGCACAUCGAUGUGAGGCACCACUUUCUUAGGAAUUUAACCGAGGAGGGUGUGAUCGAGAUCACCCAUGUUCCCAGCGAAAAACAACAUGCGGACAUCCUCACGAAGGCUCUGCCGAGGAGUAUUUUUGAAGUUCACCGUGACUUUGCGUUGGGCUCUAGGAAGUAGGAGUCUGAAGAAACGUUUUUGUUUGACAAACUACAUGUUAUGGGUCUGGAAUUGUUCUAGUUCGGUUGUAGGGAUCGGAACAUUACGUUGUUGGAACGUUGCGAGUAGUAUAUUGUUCCGAUAGUGUUUGUGUUGGCGUGUUGAUCGUUGGCUGGGGUGCUGGGAGCACACAAGCUAGCCCCCACACGCUGUCACUCCACUUUGCCUACCUGUCUCAGAGGGCAGUUUCUCAAUAAUACAACAUCUUUCUCCAAGAGCCAAGGGUUUACCAACAGAGGGGAAGGGCCUAUACGACCUGUGUACCGUGGGAAUACUGUAGGCAUGCGACAUGUGUAACCUGGCGGGUGUGUAUUGAUGGUGAGUAUGUUGUCUAUAGGUCCGACCAACUGCUUCAAAAAGAAGAGCAGAUCACAAUUGAACAAACAAAAAACACACCUUCCCACAAGUCCAGAUCACACCUACCUACCGUCAUCGAGAGAAUCCGUCGAGGGCGUGAGGGUCUACUACUACUGCUACUGCUGUGCGAUAUCAGGAUGGUUCCCCGCGGGAUCGGUUCAGAUUGCGUACUUGCGCCGCGCU